CUUUCUUCCUCCUCCUCCUCCCCCCAAACCCACACGUUAUUUUAUAAAGAAAACAUCAUUAUGACAGGGAUUCCAUUAUGCGAAUCCAAAGAUCCACAAGCAAAGGCUGCACUUGCUCGACUUGAUCAAAUAAAACGUCAAUUAAAUUUAUCUCCUUCACCCAUCUCACGUCAGGCACCGAUAGAUAUGAUGGAGGAAAGAGCAGCUGCUGAAUUUAAUAUUGAUGCCUUGGCCAUCUUUUGGGCUGGUGGCUCUAAACGUUAUAAACUUGUUAAAGAGGCUUAUGAAUUUAUUAAAAAUGAUCCAGAGUUGGUCGUUCAGCCUCCUCGAAAUUUUUUAGAACUUUCAAGAGAUGAACUGCGUGAAUUUACAAUGGGCCAAAUUUUCAGAGUCGUUCAAGUUAUACAAGAAAUAGAAGAUAAGGAAUUAGCUCAAGAAAUUGCAAUAGCUACUAAUAUUUAUUCAGAAAGUUUUUCAAUGCGUUUCUACGUACAUGAAUAUCUUUUCCGUAAUGUAAUCCAAAUGCUUGGAAAUAAAGAACAACAAGACCGAUAUCAUGAUGAUAUUUCAAACUAUAGAAUCCUUGGUUGUUUUGCAAUGACUGAAUUAGGUCAUAGUUCUGCUUUACGUGAUAUUGAAACAACAGCAACUUAUGAUAUAUCGACAGAUGAAUUUAUCAUCAAUUCACCUAAUUUGACUUCAACUAAAUGGUGGAUUGGUAUGGCUGGACAAACAGCUACACAUACAGUAGUGAUAGCACAAACCAUCAUUCACGGUAAAAAUGUAGGUCUCAAUUGGUUUGUUGUUCAACUUCGAAGCAAAUAUACAGGUGAAUUAGAGCCUGGUAUUCAAGCUGGAGAUAUAGGACAUAAAGUAGGACGUCAUGGACUUGAUAAUGGAUGGAUUCAAUUUCGUGAAAAACGUAUACCACGACAGGAUAUGCUCUCUAGAUGGACAAGUGUAGAUCGUCAUGGAGAUUAUAGACCUGCACCUAACCCUGCCAUUAUGUAUGCUACCCUUAUCCCAGAACGUCUCUCACUUGUUACUGGUACAACUCAAUCGAUCACACAGGCCUUAACGAUUGCUACACGAUAUAGUAUCGUGCGACGACAGGGGCAUAAGAAUCAACAAAUCAUGGAUUAUCAGUCUCAUUAUGUAAAAUUAAUACCAGCGAUUGCCUUUAUGUACAUGGUUAGAUCAACAGCAGACGUAUUGAAUGAACAAUUUGAAAUCUUGACAGCAGGUGGGGAGAUGGAACCGAUGGUUUAUUUAAAUUAUAUGGGUGAGAUGCAUGCGAUAUCAGCUAGUCUUAAGGGUUUUGCAGGUUGGUAUGCUACCGAUAUCUUGGAAACCUGUCGACGCAGCUGUGGGGGGCAUGCCUACUCUGCUUAUAAUAAUAUUGGAAACAUCAUUAGUGAUUGGGGGGUAAUGACAACAGGGGGCGGAGAUAAUGUCGUACUUUUACAGCAAACAACACGAUACCUCUUACAUCGACUUGAACAAAGUAUGGACUAUGAUGAAUAUCCUGAUUUACAAUUUAAAGGCUCUUCCAUCUACAUAAAACAUGCCAAACGUUAUCUUGAAAAUAAAGUAUGGACAUCCAAUGAUGCUUCAGAUUGUUUAAAAGAUUUUGCUCUUAUUCAAGAGACAAUGAAUACUAUUUUAGUUAAACGAUUGUACAGUAUUCAACAAGCCCUUAAGAAUCAUCAUUCUACUUCAAAUGAUAUAUUGCUUGAAUCUGUCCGUAUUGCUGAAUUGCAUUGUGCAGCAUUUUUAUUUUCUGUAUGUGCAGAAAAAUAUGGUCAGGCUAUAGGUACAGCUGGUAUUGAACCUACUGUAUUAGCUAUAAUGAAAAAAUUAACUGCUUUAUGGGGUAUUCAUACACUCUUUACUUAUGCUGAUCAAGGAUUCAAAGAAGGUUAUUUUCAACCUGAUCAAAUUAAUAGCAUUGAAAAGACUUAUCUUGAAUUAUGUAAAUCAUUGCGUAAACAAGUGAUUGGACUUACAGAUGGUUUUGGAUUUCCUGAUUUUAUACUUAAAGCACCCAUUGCUAAAUAUGAUGGUGAUAUCUAUCAAACUUAUAUUGAUACACUUCUUACUGCUCCUAAAAGUACAGGUAUUCCUUCCUAUCAUGCCAAGUAUAUCAAGCCAUUGACAGAACGUGAAAAUUCAAGUAUUUUAAAAUAGUAAUGAAUUUAUGCUUUAAAUUCAAUAUGGAAAUUAUUUAAAUAAAAUAAAAUAAUUGAUCUUUUCUAUAACCGUCACAACGGUAAUAA